UUUUAUUAAUAAAUAUUGAAAUAAAUUUAUAUCUAAACCAACGCUUUAUGUCAGUAAGAUCUCUUCAUAGAACAACAGAAGAAUCUGUAGAGAAGCCUUUAGAGAAUUAUAACAGACGAGCAACAGAAAUUUACAACGAAGAUAACUUAAAUCAGGUUUCUUCUUCAAUAAAAAUCAAUCAGAAUAAACCACAUUCAAAGAGAUCUCCAAAGAAGAAGGUGGUGACCAAGAGCAUCAUUAUUGAUAAAAUGAAGGAGUUGAACAAUAAGGCUAGAGACCAACUCAAAAGCUUGAAUUCAAACUUAGAACACAUUCUAGAGUCCAUGAAAUACAAAAUAAUGCACAAACAACAAAUAGAGGAAAGAGAGAUUAUUGAAACUCCAGAACAUAAACUACAAGUGGUAGAGUCAGAGAUUCUACAGCUCCAGAAACAAAAGAAACAGCUUCUGAUAGAUCAAGAACAUUGGAAUAAAAGACUAAAAGAUACUACUACCUAUAAGCCUCAGCCAGUUGAAGAGAAGGAAAAGAAUAACGAAAUGCUAAAGCAAACUAUCCGAGAGUUAAAAUAAGGAAAUAAAAGAGCAAGAGAAACUCCUCGUUUCAAAAAGCAACCCUGCCGAAGUAACUUAUAAAACAAACGAGGUUAAUGAAAAAUAUCUAAGAACCAGAAACAAGAACUUAAAACUUGAAACUCAAAUACAAAAACAAGAGGAGAGUCUUCUUCAGCAUGAAAAUCUUCUCCAAAGGAACUUAGCUCAUAAACUGGAAGUUCAGAAAUCCAUCGAAGUUCUUGAAGUUAAAAUUAAGAAGAGAGCGGAAUCUAGGCUCAAGAGGAAGGAAACUAAUAAUCCAGAAACUCCUAAGCAGGAAACAAAGGAAGAACUCUUGGUUAAAAUACAAGAGAUUUCUCUCAAAAUCAGCCAAGAUGACAAACAAUUUGCACUAAAGAAAUCAAAAAUGAAUAAUAAACUAAGUGAGAAGCAGAAACAGUUGCAAUACGAGAAGUUAAGGCUGAAGGAGAAGGACCAGGAAAGACGCAUCGGCAAUCUAAAGGUCCAAGAACUUAGAAGGAUAAUCAAGCAACAGAAGCUGCAGCCUCUAAUUAGCAAGAAGGACAAAUUUAGAGAGCAGAUUAGAACAGGAAGGAAUAAAAGUUUGAGAGUUAACAAUACCCAACCUGCUAUUAGUAAGACUAUUGAGAAAGAAGAUGAAAAACCUUACAUUGAUCAAGAUAAUCCAGGUAUACUCAAAAAGGAAGACAGUAAAGGAUCCUCCAACUUUAGGCUUGCUAAAGUUGAAUGGAGAUAUAAUGGAGAGAAACUUCAUAGAUCAAGUGUUGAUUUAAGGGAAAAGACACCAGCUGUUGGAGCUAGGAAUAAUACUCCUACACAUUCAAAUAAUAAAAAUGCGAGCAUCGUGAUUGAUAAGAGCGCAAAAACGACUGAAAAGAAGACUUUAAAAAAGAGGCCAUCUUUGAAAAAUAUGACUCCUAAGAAAGAACUGUCUAACCUCAGGGUAGAACAAGAGAAGGUUUCGCAUACAGGAGGAUCUGCUUUGGAUGAAUUCUAUCAAAAUACUGAUGAAUAAACCCUCAAUUCUUCUUCAGUUCUUUUAUGCAAUCUUCAGCUUCAAUUUCAGAAGGAAC